AUCGGAAAUCUGUACAAAGAAGAGUAGGCAAUUUAUUGUCAUCUGUUGAUAUUUUACUUGUUUUUAGAUAUACUUGUUGUGGUCGCCAUCAUCAUUUCUCUUUGUUCUGAAAUUAAGCAAAUUGCUAGGAUAAAGUCACUCGUGAAAAUAUUGGAUAAAAAUAUAAAACAACUAUUUAAAUGAAAUGUCUCAACGUAAUGUUCGUUAGGGUUUCGCUGAUAUAAAACGCAAAAACUGUGGAAGUAUAUUUAACGGAAUUACCCAUUUUCUUAUUGGCAUUGUUAAGAAAACAAUUUUAAUUAACGUGGAUAUUAGCCUGUAUGCAGCUGUCUGUCAAGCUAUCUACGACAACUUCUACAAAAGAAUAAAAUGGAUAGAAUAUCCGUGAAAAGAUUUUCGUUUCGUAGGAAAGGAAGUCACAAGAAGGACACGCAUAAAGAGGAUAAUCAAGAAAAUAACAUUUCUGAAGUUGAACAACCAAAACUUAAAUACAUAAGCCAGAAAGAGGCUGGGGAUAUAAAACAAGAAUUGAUCACGGAAUAUGCCUUUAGUGAUGAACAACUUUUGGAACUUGGCGGAUAUAGCAGUGCUGUUGCUAUAGCUGAUUGUUACCCGGUAGAAAAGAUGACAAAAGAUAACCACGCUGUCCUUGUCUGUUGUGGACCUGGAGAUAAUGGAGGAACUGGCCUUGUAUGUGCCAGACACCUGAAAAUGUUUGGAUAUAAGCCAACAAUUUUUUAUCCAAAGGGACCUAACAAGCCUUUAUUCAACAGCCUCUAUAAACAAUGCGAAGGCUUAGAUAUGCCCUUACUAUCAUUUUUCCCGUCGGAAGCACAUCUAAUCACAGAUUCGUAUAACUUCGUUGUGGAUGCAUUAUUUGGCUUCAACUUUAAUGGUCCAGUGAGACCCGAAUUUGAAUCUGUGAUUGAAACACUGAAGAAAAUUGAAUCACCGAUUUGCAGUAUAGAUGUUCCAUCAGGCUGGGAUAUAGAGACGGGUGAUGAAAAUGGACUUAAACCAGAUUUUCUUAUUUCCCUUGCUGCUCCAAAAUCUUGCACAAAACUUUUCAAAGGCAAACGACACUAUCUUGGAGGACGCUUCAUUCCCAAAACUCUUGAACAAAAAUAUGAGUUGAAUUUACCUGUGUACCCAGGUAGUAAUUGUAUUAUUGAGCUCAAAGUGGAUAAUGACAAAACUGAGACCAAAGAGAAUAGUGAUAACAAAAGUGAGCAGUAGGACAUAUUUUAUAUAUUUUUUAAAGACUCAAUUAACAUUGAAACUGACUUUGAUCUUUUUUGCAUGUUUGUAUAUAAUGGUAAACGAGCGUAUAUGUUAUCAAAUAUUUCCUGUUGAAUACAAAACCCUGAGGUCUUCAUCCACCAGUAAAGCUGGAACGCUGCCAUAUGACCUAAAGAUACCGUGUUGGGUGACUUAAAACCAAAUCAAUUAAACAAACAAAGAAUACGAAACAUUUAAAACAGUUAACAUACAAAGUUGCAUUUACCUGAAAAGAUACUAACAUUUAGUAAUUUUAUGCUUACCAUCAACAAUGAACCAAGAGUGUUCAGUCAUACAUGAAGUCGCCUUAUGUAACAAUUAUUUUAUGUGAAAUAUACGACAAAUUCGUUUAUCGUUGAAAUAUAAUUAUUAUUAACCCUAUCAACCAGUGAUAGGGUCUGGUACUGCAAUCACAUGCAAUGAUUCAUUUCUUUUUUCCCUAUCAAUUUUUUUAAUUGAUCAUGAAGUUUAAACCGAACUGACAUACAUGUAGUUUUAUUUUAUUAUUUCACAUAAACUGUAAAUAUUCAAUCAGUUAACUGAAGAAAAGAGUUAUAAUGUAACUCAAGAGAACAAAAAACAUUUAAAAAUUUAAGUUUAAAAUGGAGUGCAAUGAGAAGCUCUUUUAUAUUUCUUAUUUCUGUAUAAUUAUAACUUUAAAAUCACAAAGUUUCAUAUAUCUUUUUCACAAAUCAAAAUUAUUGAUGAAAUCAUAUGUAAUUUCUGAUAGGCUAAAUAUAUAUGUUGAAAUGGUGUUUUUUUGCAGUUAUAUAUAAACUUUUACCGUAACUUUACAUCAAUUUUGAAAACCAUUUAUAUAAGCAUGUAAGUGGUAUAUGGUUAAAUGUUUUUUGUUAUUGUUGUUCUUUUUUAUUUUGUUUAAAAUGUCACCGAGACAAAAUAAAAACUUUCAGGCACAAUCGGGUACCAGCCUUUCUUUUCAUAGGCCAGCUGGAUAGAGUCUUUACAUGAUAAAAUACAAACUCUAAUUGUGAGGUUUGUUAUAUGACGGACUAGAAAUAUUUCUGUAAAGAUUAAAGUAACAUUUUAUAAUUAUUUGUUUGCCAGACUUCAGAUCAUUCCCUCGUUAUUUUUUUACAGAAUAAUACUUUUAAAAGUGAAAAAAGAUGUGGCGUAGGAAUCAUAAAAGUGUGAAUUUCACUUUAUUCAUUAUCUUUUGCAUUUCUUUCAGUUUUAAGCCUUAUUGGUCUAUGUGAGGAAUUCAAUAUUUGCGUUAAUUUGCUUUUUGACCUCUGAAGAUCUCCUUACAAUAUGUACACGGUCAAUGUAUAGCAUACCAAUCCAUAAAAAAGUGUGGAAAUCAGCAUCUCUUCUUUUCAUAAUGUUAACAAUUAAAAUGUUUGACUAACAUAACACGUUUUAUACUACGUAAGUUGAUGUUUAAUAUUCUUGUCAAAAUAACACUUAGUCUAAUUGAAUAAAG